AUGCGUUCUGCCAUCAUCCUCACUGUCGGCGCGACCGUUGUCGCUGCCUCCCACCCUGCUCUCGAGCGCCUUGAGAAGCGCGACGCAAAGGAGUGCGCUUCCGUUGCUUCAAGCAUCCUCCCCGACCUCACCGCCAUCCCUACUCCCGACUCUUCGCUCGCCAGCUUCCUCGCCAAGCAGACCGAUGUCAUGACCAUGACUGAUGCUUGCGUCCUCCCCGCCGUUACUGGCUCCAUGGCCAAGGAGUACACUUCCUACGCCUCCAAGCUGAGCUCUUGGUACAUGGACCAGAAGGAUGGCAUUUCUUCUCUCCUCGAUGCCUGCAGCGAUGUUCCUGAGGUCAGCUCUCGCAUUGCCUCCCUCAAGGAGUCUGCCACUAUUUGUGACAAGGUUACCUGGGCUAAGGAGACUGGCACUGCUUCUUCCAGCAGUGAUGAUGCUAAGUCCAGUGACGAUUCUAAGUCUAGCGACAAGGGUAACGCUGCUGGCGUCAACUCUAUCAAGGCUGCUGCCGUCGUCGCUGUCGCUGGUCUUGCUGGUGUCAUGAUGCUGUAA